UUUUGGAAUUUUCUCUCCGUGUCUCACCAAACUCAUGCUCAUUCUCCUGCCUGGAGUCAUCCGAAGAGGGACUCGUCCAUCUUUUUCUGCCAUCCCAAACUCUCACACUCAUCAUCGUCACCAUGAUUGAUAACCUUACUAAAGAUAAGUCAGUUUCAUCCUCCAUCCGCCGAACCUACGUCCAUCCGUGACAACACUACCACCGCUACUUAUUUGUUAAGACAACCAGCUUUAACCAUGAUUUGAUCGGCUACAAUGUGGUAUAAAUUAUAAGUAAUUAAUUAAGAGUACGAUUAAAGAGAGAGACUCAAUUCCCUCCGGAAGUGGAAACACACUUAAGUGAAUAGGUUAUCGAGAAAGCUCGAGAAGAUGUGUUGCUCCAUGAAAGCCACUGUUUUCUUUCUUUCAAGUCUGCAUAUAUGGUAUGCCGUAACUCAGGCUGUGAUUAUUGCUCCUCUUGUCGUCUCUUCAAUCUCUACCCAGCUCGCAGAAUGCAUCUUGGUUAUCAUCUACUCUUGCGUAUUCUUUUGUGCCGGAUUUCUCAUCUUCCUCGGUACAGAUCAGGAGUCCACCAUGCUUGUCGGGACAGGAGCAAUUAUGCUGUUAGUGAUUCUGGGCAAACGUUAUAUCGUAAUGUACCACGGCAUGUUGUUGAAACCCACGCUGCCUGAGGGAGACUUCCUCAACCCGUACGGAACCACUGUUCCUGUUAUUUUCAGCGUCCUCUUGUACAUUUUUUAUAUGUCAAUUCUGUUUUGCUACCAUAAUGAAUUAAGCUAUGCCACCCCUCGAACCUGUCUCACGCCAUUGUCAUGCCGUCGUCAAUUUCCCCAGUCGACGUCGCUAAGUCUCAGUCUCAGUCCCAGUGGAAAUCUCAACCCGCACAUGAAGUGAAGCAGAGAAGAUACAACUUUAUUAUUAUUAACACUUUUCCGAAGAGGAGGAACAACUUUUAUGAUAAGAUUCGUUUGGAUGACGUGAUUCUGAACGGGUAUAAUACAGUAAGUUGCGUGUGAUUGUAAGUGUGUAUGCAUGUGCAGAACAGAAAUUUAAUCACCAUUUGUACCUUGUUUUUCUUAUAUUGUAACAAUAAUUCUGUACAUAAAUUUAUGACAUGCGAAUAAGAUGGAUGAGAGAAUGAGGUGAUUUAUUGCCGUGCACAACUAAAAGGAUUGAUUGCCUCGUCGAGUGUGUGGUUCUUGUUUAGAAAAUAUUUUAGUACUUACUUUAUAAACAAUAACUUGUAAGAAGUCAAAGUCACACACACAACGGGAAGAAUGAGACGAAGAUCAACUCGUGUAGGAAUAAAUGCUCAGUUCUUCUUAUCGUCUAUUGGGACAUUUAUGGUGUGCGGAUCCUCCAGAGCGCUAUAUAUCGACUACAUACUUACGUAUUAUCUAUAUGUAUACCUAAUAAAUUGUAAGAAUAAUCUAUAAGGAUGGAUCGAGUGUAAUAAAAUUUAUUAGAAUUAUAUAUACAAGGUCAAUCUGCAUACUUAUAUAAGUAAAUGCAAUAAAGUUACGAAAUACUUUUG